GGCUUGUACCUGGCCUUCUUAACUUAGGAAACACCUGCUUCAUGAACUCCUUGCUGCAAGGCUUAUCUUCCUGUCCCUCUUUCAUCAAGUGGCUGGAGGAAUUCACAGCACAAUACAAGACAGACCAGAACCAGUCCACUGAGCAUCAAUACUUGUCACUCACUUUGCUGCAUCUCCUAAGAGCUUUAUCCUGUCAAGAGGUAACAGAAGAUGAUGUCCUGGAUGCAAGCUGCCUGUUAGAGGUUUUAAGGAUGUACAGGUGGCAGAUCUCAUCAUUUGAAGAGCAGGAUGCUCAUGAACUAUUUCAUGUCCUUACCUCUUCAUUAGAAGAUGAACGGGAUCGUCAGCCACGUGUGACACAUUUGUUCGAUGUGCAUUCGCUGGAGCAGCCAGAAAUAACCCAAAAGCAAAUAAGCUGCAGAACAAGAGGGUCUCUUCCCCCUGUGUCAAAUCACUGGAAAUCUCAGCAUCCUUUUCACGGAAGGCUGACCAGCAACAUGGUUUGCAAACACUGUGAACACCAGAGUCCUGUGAGGUAUGAUACCUUCGACAGUCUCUCACUGAGUAUUCCAGCAGCUGUGUGGGGUCGUCCUAUGACGCUGGACCACUGCCUCCAUCAUUUCAUCUCCUCUGAAUCUGUAAAGGGUGUCGUGUGUGACAACUGCACUAAAAUUCAAGCAGAAGGGACUCUGAAUGGACAGAGCAUAGAAAACCAGAGAACAACAUUUGUUAAGCAAUUAAAGUUAGGAAAGCUCCCUCAGUGUUUGUGCAUCCAUCUGCAAAGAUUGAGCUGGUCAAACCAAGGCACUCCUCUGAAACGUCACGAACAUGUGCAGUUCAAUGAGUUCUUGAUCAUGGACAUCUACAAAUACCGCAUUCCUGUUCAUAAAUCAAGCCAGAAUGAGCUGAAUCAGAAAAACUCUGAAGAGACAAUGCCUGGAACGAAGGAUGGGGUAGCAGUAAAACCUUCAGAUGCAGAACAGCCAUCUGGUACUAAACUGCUCUUCAUGAAUGGUGCCUGCUCCCCUUCAUUUUUAAUGUCCUCAGGAACUUUUCCACUUGCUGCAUUCCCUGAAUGCAGUUCCCCUGUAUACCUUUACCGUCUGAUGGCAGUUGUAGUUCAUCAUGGAGACAUGCAUUCUGGACACUUUGUGACUUACCGCCGCUCUCCACCUUCUCCCAAGAACCCACUCUCUGUCAGCACUCAGUGGCUAUGGAUUUCAGAUGACACUGUUCGCAAAGCUAGUUUGCAGGAAGUCCUUUCUUCUAGUGCUUACUUGCUUUUUUAUGAGCGUGUUCACUCGAGGGUACAGCACCAAAGCUUGGAGUUGAGGGCUGAAGAGUGAUUAAGAGAGCAGAAGGACAAAAACUGACAAAUUCCUCUGAUGAGAUCUACAUGGCACCUCCUGUCUGUUAUGCAAAUAACCCACCACAGGCCCUUUAACUUUCCCCUCCCUCUGUGGCAAUGGCUGGCUCCUGCUGGGAGUUGUGUUUUGUACCAAAAUUACGCUACCCAAAGUUGGUCUGCUAACAUUGUGCAGUCCGAAGUAUAGCUGUAUUAGAGAAGCAUUUAUUCUGUUAGGUAGUAAUUUUGUCAACAUCAUAGCUCUGAAACAGACAUUUCAAACAGGCUUCCCAAGGCUGUAUUCCAUAUUCUGACAUGUAUG